AUGGAAGAGCUCACCGCGUUUGUGUCCAAGUCUUUCGAUCAGAAAGUGAAGGAAAAGAAGGAGGUGAUCACGUACAGGGAGGUGCUGGAGACCGGCUCGGCGCGGGCAGGGAGCAGGGAGUCUUUAACACUUGAGCCCGGGAGUCGAGAAGAAGCGCUUGGAGCAGUAGUCAACCGAAACGUCGCACUCUCACCAGGAAGAGAAACGGAAAUGCUCGGGCAAGAAAGAAUCAGGGACACGGCGAGCCCUAAACUCAUUGACGGCAACACGGAUGUUAAGGACAGAAAAGAGGACUCCAAACCCAUCGAGGACGAGACACAGACAAAAAUAAAACAGAGAAGAAGUCGGACUAACUUCACUUUAGAACAACUAAACGAACUGGAGCGACUGUUCGAUGAAACGCACUAUCCAGACGCGUUCAUGCGGGAGGAGCUGAGCCAGCGGCUUGGACUAUCAGAGGCCCGGGUACAGGUUUGGUUCCAGAACAGACGAGCCAAAUGCAGAAAACAGGAAAAUCAGCUUCAUAAAGGAGUCCUGAUUGGAGCAGCGAAUCAGUUUGAAGCCUGCCGCGUAGCACCGUAUGUCAACGUCGGGGCUUUACGGAUGCCAUUCCAACAGGAUAGUCAUUGCAACGUGCCGCCCUUCUCCUUUCAGGUGCAGGCGCAACUGCAGCUGGACAGUGCCGUAGCCCACGCACAACACCACCUGCACUCUCACCUGGCCGCGCAUGCGCCUUACAUGAUGUUCCCUGCACCCCCGUUUGGACUGCCCUUGGCCACGCUGGCAGAGUCGGCCUCUGCGGCCUCCGUAGUGGCCGCUGCCGCCGCAGCCAAGAACACCAGCAAAAACUCAAGCAUCGCAGAUCUGAGGCUCAAGGCCAAAAAGCACGCGGCUGCACUGGGACUGUGA